UUAGACAGAAUAGAAACAGAACAAUCACAAAAGUUCCAAAAUCAACUGAGCAGGUCAAGUAAAUCUUAUCAACAAAACUAAAAAAAAAAACUAGUCAGAAAUAAAAGAGAGGCAUGUUUAUUCUUGUAUUUGAGACAUGUAGCUACUGUAAGCAACACAUCUGUAUAUCCAAGUUUCAGGAAUGAAAGUCUCAAAGGAAAGCAGUUGUGAAAGUAUUUUCCAUCUCAUAUGUGAACAAUACGUAGUUAUAACUAAAUGCAAUAAGCAUGAUCCAGCUCAAAGAAGUUUUUUUUUUACUUCAGUCGAAACAAUGAAUAGUUAUUGGAAUCUACAGUCCAUUACACAACAAAAUAUAACACUGAAUACAGUAUUUUGACUAGAGAUUUAAGAUGGGAAUUAAGAUAGUUGUCCUAUUUUCAUGUUUUUCUUAAUUUUCUACACUUCAUUAAAGUAAAAAAAAAAAAAAAAAACGAAACGAAACCUUAGACAGAAUAGAAACAGAACAAUCCUGAGCUGACGUGUCUAAUGACUGUUAAGGUAGAUAAGAAGAUGAUUUUAUGAGCGUGAUCAUUAUAAAUACAAAAAAAAAUCUCUCAACAACUCACACAAAGCUCAAAUCAGCAUUGCUAGAAGGACCAAACCAGACCACCACUAACCAUUAUUAUGGAUAACUCUAGUCUAAAACAACGUCUUGAGAGGCUGGACUGCCACUUCACCUGGGAUCUGGAGUGCAGUACAAAUGAACUCCAGAAUUUUCUGAGAAAGCUGGAAUAUUUGGACCAGAAAACAUGCACUUGGCUGGUUCACUAUUACAACCUGCUGGGCUACAUCCAUCAGACUCUUGGCUCCAACACAGAGGCAGUGAAGCAUCUGCACAAAGCAGAAAGUGUGAUCCAGGAGCAGGGAACAGAAGAGGCAGGAGCCCAGUUUCUGGUCAACAAAGCAAACCUAGCUUGUGUCUACUUCCAUUUGGGAGACAUGGAUAAAAGCAAAGGAUAUCUAGAAGAGGUGGAGAGACUUCAGCGAAUGCACCCUGCUCCACCUGGAUGCACUUUACACCCUGAAGUCAGUGGAGAGAAGGGCUGGACGCUGGUGAAGCUUAACAAGUCCAACAAGUGCCAGGCGGUUGAUUACUUUAAGAUGGCUCUAAAUGCAGAACCAGAUAGGAAGGAAUGGCACAAAGGACUUGCCAUAGCCAUGAACGCGGAAUUUGGAUCUGAAUUCACUCCAGAUGAGAUUGUACAGCAACUGAAAAUUGCAAAUGAAAAAGAACCAAAUAGUUUGUUCAUUUAUUCUCAUUGGCUAAAACUGUGCAAAGAGAAAAAUGUGAACAUUGAAAAGGAGAUGCAAGGUUUAUUCGAAAGAACUCUUGAAACUGGAAACCUGGAGUGUUUGCAUGUUAUUCUUAGGUAUUUUAGUGAACAGGAUUUUGAUAAAGGUAUUCAAAAAGCAAAGGAAGCUCAUGAAAAGUUCCCCUCUUCAGCUAAAGUUUUGAAACAAUUGGCAGACUGCUACAAAUGGAAAGUUUACAAAAUGGCAGACAGCGAGGAAAGGGAGACUUUGGCUAGGGAAUCCAUUAAGCUCUAUGAGAAGGAUCUUACAUAUAAUCCUGACUCAUACAAAUUAAAGAUAGACAUUGCAUCACUGCAUUGUUACACACAUGAAAUUGAGAAGGCAGAUGAGAUUUACAACAAUCUCCUGUCAGAGGAAAAUGAUAGUUCUCCUCAUAAACAACAGUACAUAUUUUAUAAUUAUGCCCAACAUCUAAAUCAUAAUAAAUUACAAACCAGAGAUUCAGUCCCCUUUUACAUGAAAGCAGCAGAAAUCCCAGUUUCAGGAUGCAAACAAAAGAGUAUAAGAUUCCUUCAAAACAUUGUGAGGAGGGGCACAGACCCUCGCUGUGUGGAAAUUCGGCAUUUUCUGAAUGGAAUUAAUUCUGAUUAAAAUCUGCUCUAAUGCAUCAGACAAGUCAUACAUCAAUCCUCAAAAAUCAUUAUGGAGGAUCUUUAAAUUUCACUCAAUGCAGAAACCGUAAUUUUAAAAAAAUGGAGGGAAAGAAAAUUAAGAAAAACAUGAAAAUAGGACACAAUCUCAAGUCAAUAUACUGUACUAUUCAGUGUUUUUUUUUGUUGUGUUAAUGGACUGUAGAUUCCAAUACCUGUUCAUUGUUUCCAUUGAAGUUAUUGCAUCUAGUUAUAACUAUUGUUCAAAAAUGAGACGGAAAAUACUUUUGAAACUUUACAGUACAUGUUUCAAAUACAAGAAUAAACAUGUCUCUCUUUUAUUUCUGCCUAGUUUUUUUGCUUGUUGAUAAGAUUUACUUGACCUGUUCAGUUGAUUUUGGAACUUUGUUUGCAGUAACAUACAAAUUAAAACCGCUUUUUUACUGUGUCUCACAAGUUGAGUGCAUUUUAAACAUGAUUGUCUGUUUUACAUUUUCUUAAGGGAACUUUGUAGUUUGCUAUAGUGGAAAGACUGAAGAUACCUUGUGACAAAUUGAAUGUUAUUUACUGUAACCAGCACCAAUACAAUGUCACUUUCAAAUAAAUGUGCAUUGUUGAGAAUCACAAAGUGUUUGAUGUAUUUUCU